AUGAGUGAUAACUCAAGUCUAGUCAUUACUUUGGUGGAGAGGCUGAUUACAAAACUCCCACACAAAACUGGCGCCGAUGCACACCAUCUCAAUCGCGAUGAGAUUGCCCUUUUGAGUCGCACGACCCUCGUCGAUAUCAGUAAACCAUCUAUAGCCGUUGUCGCCGAAGCUCUUGUGCAACUGCUGGAAGAUCUUGCGAGACCGUACAAGACGAUAUCGGCGCAUCCAUUGCAUGUUUUACACUCAGAAUUUUACGUACUAGAGCUAUUGGCGGAGUGCUGUACAACGCACUGGGAGAGCAUCAAUGCUUCAGAAAACACUAGCGACCGAGAUAAUGCGCCCUCUCAAGGUUUCAGAUCUGUCGAUAACAUAAAACCCGAAGGUCGAAGGGCAUCCAGGAACAAACUUUUGGCGCGUGAUAAUCCUCCGGAGGCUUUGGACGAUGAUUUAGCCAAAAGAAUAAUAGAUGUGAUAAAAUUGUUCUCGAAUCCUAUACCGGACGGCUAUGUACUUCCGGCAUUCAACAUUCUAGACGAUGUUCUUGGGACCUCUCCUGCUGUUCAAUCCCCGGGCUUGGAUCUUUUGAACGGUACAAAUGGUCAACAGAAUACAACGGAGGCUGCAAUAUUGAUACAGGAACAUUCCGAAUCCACAGAGGCAUGCAUAAGGAAAGUCGUGGAGUUUGUUUCCUUUUCGAAUUGGCCCCGGACUCUAGAGUAUUUGAGGGGUUCUCUCCGUGGUCUACUGGCGGCCCAAUCUUCAAAUGGAAACCAAGCACAGAAUGGUGCCGUAGUCGACGACGAGGCGCUCGUUACUGUGCGCUUAAUUCCGUCGUUUUGGGUUGAUAGUCGAAAACUGGGGGUUGUCAUACAAGAGUUGUGUGGUAGCUUCCUGCACCUACGCAAGGCUUUUCAAACUAUCGUGGCAAUAGUCGUGCCUCAAUUAAUCACCCGAUGGCUGGAACGAAACCCCGAAGAGUUCAUCCAACUACACACAAUGCACAAAAGGCUCGACGGUGGGGCGGAAACCCUCUUUGAUAUGACAAACACAAUGAUAGAUGCGGGAAGACGAAAAACAUUAUUAUUUCCAUUUCAGACGUCUUUGUUAUUUCUUCUGCCAGACGUCUUUGAAGUCGCUAGCAAUAUGAGAGAUAUUAAAAGUAGCAGUAUCUCCAAGAAGGUAUCGUUUUUGGAGAUGCUGAGGAAGACUUUGAGAAACAGAAAUGAAGCAGCUAUUUAUUGUUUGACCUCUGUUUUGCGAGUCGCAAGACACUUUCCGCUCGAUAGUGAUUCGGCACUUCUGAGCUAUGCCUUAGAUGUCCAGGAAGAAGUGCGUGAAGCAGUAUUCAGGAGAUAUACCGUGGGUGCAGAAAAUACAAGUAUAGACUCUGGUUUGAUGACCGCAGCAUUUGUCAGUUUGGCGCAUCUAAACUUUAGAACUUGCGUUGAUAGCCUCGCGCCUUUCUGUCUUGCCCCCAAUUCUUCUCCAGAUUUUAAACUCGCUGUAAUAAGAGCAUGUACGCAUUUCGCCAAGCAGUCUAAUGCUAGUGAUUAUCGCCCAUUAUUUGUUAAACUGUCUGAAUUCAUUCGCACUUACAUGAAGGGGACAACGUUGAGAUUCAGAGACUCUUAUCCUAUCGAACAUGUGACCAUGAAUAGACAAACGAAAUUCUCAUCGUCGGGGGAGUUGGUGUAUAGCAUGCUAGUAUUCCUGGAUGUGUACCCAAUGGCUUUGUUCAUCGGCAUGGAUUUAGCCUCACAUAAUAAUGACGCCGCUUUCGAGGACGUAUACGCUGCUCUAAUGGCCUUUUUGACCUCCGAGGACGAGAAAAUCAGACUCCUAACCAGCGAAGUUUGUCGGUCAUCAUUAACUGAAGCAACGAUGUCUGCAUGGCGAAGAAAAGACUACAAAUUCUCGAAUACCGCAAAGUUCAACUUCUGGGAAUCAACUUCAAUAUCAAGCAAAAUUAUAAACCAGACCGUUGAUGAACACAACGCUCUUAGCUUUGUACAUAGCUACUUGCAAGCAAGACUCGAUCUCUUGAAAAAGAUCAAAGACUUGACCGAGUUAGAGGAAGAUAUUUCAGAGCGAUUAGCAGCAUACUCUAUGAUGGAGACAACCUUCUUAGUCACGGUUUGCUCGCCCGACAUAGCAAUUUGCCAGCUAGUUGCUUCAAGUGUCUGUUUGUUUGCAGAAGAGAUUCGUCUCGUUGAAUCCGCUCCAGACUUCACAAAGCAUUCCCUGGCAAGCGCGCGUAACAUGGAGGUGUACCAGGAGCUUGCCUCGAAAGACUUUCGAUUUACAGGUAUAGUUGCUUUCCAGAAGCGAGCGAGGGGUUGUUUACGUCGAAUGCAAUGCCCUACAGCUGGUAUCAUUAACGCAUGGGAGACUAUCUUUGAUCGAUGGGUUAGAUUAUCCAAGCAACUUAUUGCGCGGCCUGAAAUUAUUGAUGAAAGGUCUUUGGGAGAGUGGCGCAAUUGUUCUGGAUUUCUGGCCUCUCUUGGUGGCAUUUGCAUCGUGGGCCGAUCUCUUCUCUCUACCUCGGAUGACCAAGUACUUGCCAGUUUGCGAUGGAUCGAUAAGGUUCCUGCCGAAAGCUACGAUGACGAGACUUUACUUAGUCGAUAUAUGCGGCAGAGUGUCCAAUUGUUGGCUAGCAACAAUAUUAGGAUACGAGAAGGCACUAGAGAUGCCCUCUCGAGUGAUCUUGCCAAAGCAUUACAUAUGCCUUUAUUCGAAGCCCUUCAAACAGAGCUUGAUAUUUUAUUUGAUAGCCCACGAAGCAACGCGAUUCCUGUCGAUUCUCGGAUCAUCUUCGCAGAACAGGCAGCAGCACUACUCAAAAGUAUUGUUGAGAAGCUCGGAAGCCCAGCUGAGUUGGGUACAGGCAUGUCGGUUGAUAUUGGUGCUUUGGCACUCAAUUUCGCGAAAUUCUUGAACAGUUCAGCAGAUGGGGCAAGUGCGUUAAGGGUUAAAAUUAAGAUUUGUCAAUUAUGUGAAACUCUCACACAAAAGAAAGAGCUCUUGAAUUUGAGACACGAUGUACGUAUCCGUAAUCAGCUUUUAGAAGUGAUUUUCGGAUGGAUUGCACGCCCAGGGACUCCAAAUGCCGACACUGGUGUUCAUUUGGUAGGCACUCGUCUUGAUGAACUAUUCCGUCUGCAGAAGGACCUUGACCGAGCCUCGUUGAAGGCAUUAGCGGAAUUGACAUAUCGUCUUCCUCUACAACCGGCGGAAGGCCAGUCCGAUGCAGACACAAGCGAUUUAAAAUCACAGAUGUUCCAUACUUAUUUCAAUAGGUUCCUAUCUCUUCUCAAUUACGAAACGGUUGAGAUAGGUAGGAACGAGGUGCGACUUACAUCAACUGUGAGCGAUGAUUCUAUGAGCAGCCCAGAGCUUGCGAUUUCCGCGCUCUCCAACCUUUUGAGUGCGAAUAUUGAUGUUGGCCUCAAACAUUCCUUAGGUAUUGGUUAUCAUGAAGAUAUUGAAGUUAGAACAGCUUUCGUCAAAGUUCUUUGCAACAUUUUGAUACAGGGUACCGAAUUUAAUAAUUUGUCCGAUGCAGCGGUAAAUCAAAAGUACGAUGAACUGCUUGAGUUACUUGUCAAUGAUAUGACUCUUACAAUUGCACUUUGCGAUGCCUGCCCAAGUACGGAAGUCGACGAGAUGACCAUCUCACUUCUUAAUAUUUUUGACUCCCGGGAAAAUGAGGCUGAACUCCUCAGAAGAAACUGUGUUGCUACUAAGCUGCUGUCUGUCUAUGCCAAAUGGAAGGGAGCUGCGUAUCUAAAAGCAACACUGCAAAAAGUCCUAGAGCGCCUUGUUCUCACAUCAAAAGACUUGGAUCUUGAACUUGAUCCUGCCAGAACAACAUCCCCCGAAGAGUUGCAGAAAAAUGCCCUUCAACUUCGUGUAGUGACAAAAGUCUUUAUCGAUGAUAUAUGCAAUUCUGCAUCCCGCAUUCCAGUGUCUUUUCGAAAGAUCUGCAAUAUUAUAUCUUCCUGUGUGAUGAGAAGGUUUCCCGAUGCCAAAUUCACCGCUGUUGGUGCUUUCAUAUUCCUACGAUUUUUCUGUCCAGCGAUUGUCGCUCCUGAUGCAGAAGGACUUAUAGCAUCCCCGCCAUCGAAAGAAAUGCGCCGAGGACUUCUUCUUAUUGCCAAAGUAGUUCAAAAUUUAGCAAACAACGUUCUUUUCGGGGCAAAAGAGCCAUACAUGUACCCUCUAAACGACUUCUUGACACAAAAUAUAUAUCGCGUAACGACAUUUUUACGGGAGAUCUCAGCGCCUCCCAACGUUAGAGAAACACUUGCGGAAUCUGAGUCGUUUGAUUUUGGCUCCUGCGUUGCCCUACAUAGAUUUUUGUAUGAUCAUUGGGACCACGUUCGACAAAAGCUUGUUCUACGGGAACGGCAACUCUCUCUUAGAUCUCCAAUUGACGGCACUAAAAGUCAUACUCCAGUUUUGGAUGCCCUCCGAACACUGAUAUCUAAUCUCGGACCACCGCCAAUGGACGUAUCUUGGAAUAGACCAGCAAUUUCACAAAAUACACCACCUUCAUAUUCGCGCUUCCAACAUUUCAUGCUUAGAAACGCAGGUCGAAGCUCGGAGGCUGUAGUAUCAAAUAGAGCCGUAUAUGAUGGAGGCGAAAGCAAGGAUGGAUUGUCGAUGAUUUGUAUUAUACUUCGCAACAUCGAUACAGACGGAACGGACUAUGACCUUUUGUUGUAUGUGUAUUUGAAGAUUGCAAGCCGUAUGUGGCACAAGCCAUUUGGUAUUUUGAUUGAUGCGACUUGCUAUAACGGUCAGAACGAGCCUGCAGAUGCUCUCUUCCGAAGACUUGAUCUCCUUACACCGACAGAGCUCUCGAAGCAGCUGUCUAGAGUAUAUGUCUACAACAUGAAUAGUGCAUUCAGGAAAUGUUUCCGGCGCAUCCUUCGACUAUCUGCAAAGAGUGAGAAUAGCGCGUUCCACCCGAAGAACGUUGAUUACCACUUAAUUGGUAGUCUUCAAGACUUGCAGUCUCACUUCCAUCUCACGCAGCUCCACUUGCCAAAAGAGACAAUAAGCGUUGUCACAGAUACGAGAUACGUCUUCCAACCGAUCAUAAGACUAUCGAAAACAAAAGGUAAGGUCGAGGUGAUAAUCAAGAUUGGUAAUCAAUUUGUCCAAGUGACAACAACGAAGAAACAAGAAGUUGUACCAGGACUUAGGCUACAUGCUACAGUCAAUGAUAUCUUCCGCUUAUCAGAGGUCGACGAGGCACCCACUUCGAUACAGACCGAAGAUGAUUCUGCAUUCGGUUUAAGGACUGACAACGGCAAGAUUGUGAUGUAUUUCACCAGUCCAAGAAAGGGCGAUAUUCUACAAUCCAUUCGCAGUGCUAAGAAUAGACAUGGAAAAGAGCUGAGAACCUUAAAAUCGUUUGAGAGGCUGGUCAGACCGCAAGAUGUACCAGGGACACUUCUCAACAUUGCUCUAACUAACAUGGCGAGUCCUGACGCGGUACUACGUCUUGCAGCAUACAAUUUAUUGUGUGCUCUUUGUCGAGCUUUUAAGUUCGCAGCCGAUUCCAAAUUCAUGAGCACAAAAGAAUUAUGUGUUCCUUUGAACCCAUCUCAAUUUAUCAUUGAAAUUAGUGCACAAUUGGCACGCUCCGAGCCUCAGCUUACUGGUGACUUUCUCAACGAAUUUUUCGUUGGAUGGGAAAGUUUUCCGUACUCGCAAAGGCCCUUGAGCUUGGCGUAUAUGGCGCCCUGGCUACCAAGUCUAAGAACCCACCUCAUACCUAAUGAACCAGAUAGUGAUAAAGGAAGAGAAAAAGUCGCAGUGAUUUUCAGGAGGCUUAUUGAAGUCGCCAUAUCUGAUGUUGUUCUUAGCACUACUCUGGAACAAAGCAUCUGGCCCAUAAUCUGUAAGGAUGAAGUUUAUAUUGAUAUAUUCUUGGAGGAAAUCCUUAAGCCAGCUCUUAAUUUCGGCAUCGAUGAUGAGCGGACUGAAAUUCUUGGUUCCAUUCUUGCGUCGCUUGGUACUGUUACGAUUCGGGGCAAACUAAUAUCAAGGCUUCGCAAGGCUCUCAAUCGCACUUCGCUCCGACCGACAAGGCAUCUUCACGAAAAUACCGUUUGGGGCGAAAUUUGUGUUCUGUUAAGACUUUCAUUGUCUGUUUCUUUCGACAGCGGUGUCCAGUCCCAACUUUAUCUCCCUGAAGUAUUCCACCUUGUCACUAUGCUAGCUAACACAGGCUCGUCCGAUUUGAGAUUAAUCGUCCAUCGCUUGCUUGUCAAUACUAUACAUGCUAUGUGUACCACAUUUGUGUUAGAGGAAAGCAAACUUGCUAAAUUGAAGAUUUUGCUAUCUUCAAUAUCGGAGCCACGACAAGAAUCUCUAUUUAGCAUAGCAUCAAGAGACGGAGCAUCUCUUCCUUCGUCACAAGACUCUGGACCUUCAGCAUUAUUAGCCACAGAAUCUCUUGCCAGUCUACUUUCCGACAUAAGUAUUGUGGCAGCCCCGACUGUUGAUCUGUCAAACGCAUGGCGUGCCAGAUGGAUGAGCUUGGUUGCAAGCACUGCUUUCCAAAGCAAUCCAGCCAUUCAACCCAGAGCAUUUACUGUUAUGGGCUGCUUGGCUCGGGAAGACGUUGAUGACGAUCUACUUUAUCAAGUGCUCGUAGCACUCAGAAGUAGCAUAGGUCGAUAUAUGGAUGACGGUGACAGCGAAAUGAUGGUUGCUAUAGUCACAGCCCUGACCAAAAUGAUGGAUAAAUUACCAUCAGCAUCACGUUAUGGGACCCAACUAUUCUGGCUUGCGUUAUCCCUUGUAAGAUUGGUUCCGAUUGGUCUUUUCAACUGCGCGGCAAUGUUUCUGGACGCCGUCUUACUCAACAUUGGAGCUUCUGGUGAACUCGGUAACGGGCGCAUGAUUCAAACAUUGUUACUAGGCCGAGCGCCUCUUGAUGAAGCAGCAAUACAACUAGAUGAGAUAUAUGGAAUCCAUUUCACCGCAGAAAAUUUCCACUUUGCAGUUUCUGCUUGCAUGGUCAAAGGCAUGACGGAUUCAUUGACAAGGUCUACUGCUAUGCGUGUUAUCUCGACAUUUCUCGAUACGACCACCACUAAUGCACCUGAAGGAAUGUCAUUCCCGCAAGAUGUUAGUUGCAUGCCAUAUCUUGGUCUUCUCCUGGGUCGAGCUCUUAGUCCAGAAGAUGCAGGGCAUAGCUUAUGGCUAGCAACUGCCACCCAAGGAGAUCGUACCCCACACGCAGAGCCAGAUAUGGAAAGUAUAAUGGAAAUUGCCGGUCUCAAUGAGAAGGACUUGCUCCUUACUUGCGCCAUUGGGCUAGUCGACUUCCACUACUUAGACGAUACCAUACAAAACAGUGCAUUUCAAUGGCUCAAUAAACUUGCCAUAUCGUCGUCAAACGUUAUGUUACGACUGGCUGGCCCAAUCACAAGCAUAUUAGACGACGUUCUUAUGUCUUGUCAAAAUUCGAUAACGCUCGAAUCUGCACAUCAGUUACUACGCACUAUUACCUCAAAUCCUCAAUUCUCGGCCGCGAUGAGAGAUGCUGAUGUGUUAGAUAAAGUAUUGGGAAGUAUAGGGUUUGGAGGGCUGUGGAAGAAUUCGACGUACCAGGGCCAUCAUGAGGUUGCCAGAGAAUGUACUACUCUGACUGAUAGGCUCAUUGAGCUUAUCAUAGCAUAA